UAGUAAUAUUGAUUUCAACAAUCCUAGGAAAAACGGACGUUUCUUUUCUAAAUCACACGAAGCAAAAUGGAAUUUUGCCUUGAACGAGAUGGAAUUGUAAAAGAGGAAGAACCAGAAAACGAUCCUGUCACCGUUUUCCUAUCGUCUACUCUAACAAUCGAUUUUCCAAUCAAACUUGAAAAUCAGAUUUGUGAUGAGGAAGCUACACAGAAAAGUGAUCUUCCCGAAAACGUUUUAGUACCUAAAGGGAAACCGGUUUAUAGUUGCGAACUUUGCGGGGAACAUUUUUCAAUGAUGAAAGCCCUGAACAAGCAUAUGCUCGUUCAUACUGAAGACCAACAAUUUAAGUGUAAUGUGUGUGGCAAAGAUUUUCGGUAUUAUCAGCAACUAAAGGACCACGCGAAUAUUCACACUGGUGAGCGUCCGUACAAUUGCACUGUAUGCGAAAAAAACUUCGCGUCUAAACCGAUGCUUGUUCAACACAUGCUCCUUCACACAAGCCAGCGUUUGUACAAAUGCACCGUAUGCGGAAAAGAAUUUAUCAUUAAAAAUUACUUAACUAGACACAUGUCUAUUCACAGUGAGUACAAACAUAAUUGCGAAGUGUGUGGCAAAGCCUUUAGUAAUGGUUAUAACUUAACGAAACACAAAGGCAUUCACACAAACGAAAAGUCUAAAUGUACCAUAUGCGGGAAAGAAUUUAACACUAAGCGUAGUCUCGGCAGACACCUGAAAAUUCACGUGGAUGAUUACGAGCAUAAGUGUGAUGUAUGCGGCAAAGGAUUUAUCUGUAAAUCCCUUUUGCAGGACCACAAAAAUAUUCACACAGGUGAGCGGCCUUACAAAUGCACUGCAUGCGGAGAAGACUUUCAUCAGAGAAGAAAACUUACAGAACACAUGCAACGUCAUACAAGCGAGCGACCGUACAAAUGCACCGUUUGUGGAAAAGAUUUUAUCGUUAUGGCCUACCUAACUGCACACCUGCUUACCCACACGAAUGCUAGAAGGCAUGAGUGUAAUGUGUGUGGUAAAGUAUUUGUGACCAGAGCAUACUUGAAAAACCAUGAACGUUUUCAUACAGGAGAGCGACCGUUCAAAUGUAUUGUCUGUGAAAAAGCAUUUGUCCUUAAGGGUUCUUAUAUUAAACACAUGUCUAUUCACCAGAGUGUGCACAAAUAUAAAUGCGAAGAGUGUGGCAAAGGCUUUCAUAAUGGUAGUGGCUUCGCGAGACACAAACGCAUUCAUACGAACGAGAAGUUUAAAUGCACCAUAUGCGAGAAAGGAUAUACCUCCGAGUAUGAACUCAGAAGACACAUGAUUAUUCAUGCAGAUGAUUACGAGCAUAAGUGUGAGGUGUGCGGCAAAGGAUUCAUCGCCAGAAGACUCUUGAAAGACCAUGAAAACAGUCAUACAGGAGAGCGACCGUACAAAUGCACUGUAUGCGGAAAAGACUUUCAUGGUAAAAUUCAUCUUUCUCGUCACAUGCAAAAUCACACAAGCGAGCGACCGUACAAAUGCACCGUAUGUGGGAAAGAUUUCGUCUUGAUGACUUACCUAACCAAACACAUGCGUUUUCACACGAAUGAUUACAGGUAUGAGUGUGAUGUGUGUGGCAAAGGAUUCAUGACCAGAUCACUCUUGAAAGAUCAUGAACACAGCCAUAGAGGCGAGCGACCAUACGAAUGCACCGUAUGUGGAAAAGAUUUUCAAGGUAAACUAAAUCUUACUCUACACAUGCGCCAUCACACAAGCGAGCGACCGUACAAAUGCACCGUAUGUGGAAAAGAUUUUGCCAUUCUGUCUUCCCUAACCGGACAUAUGACUAUUCAUGAUAAUAGCUACAAACAUAAGUGUGAUGUAUGCGGCAAAGGAUUCGGAAGCAGUUCACUCUUGAAAGACCACGAAAACAUUCAUACAGGAGAGCGACCAUACAAAUGCACUGUAUGUGGAAAAGAUUUUCAAGCUAAACGAAUUCUUGUUAAACACAUCCGCUGUCACCCAAGCGAGAGACCGUACAAAUGUACCGUAUGUGGAGAAGAUUUUGCCAUUCAGUCUUCCCUAAUCGGACAUAUGACUAUUCAUGAAAAAGGUUACAAACAUAAGUGUGAUGUAUGCGGCAAAGAAUUCGGAAGAAAUUCACUCUUGAAAGACCACCAAAACAUUCAUACAGGAGAGCGACCAUACAAAUGCACUGUAUGUGGAAAAGAUUUUCAAUCUAAACGAGUUCUUGUUAAACACAUCCGCUGUCACACAAGCGAGAGACCGUACAAAUGUACCGUAUGUGGAGAAGAUUUUGCCAUUCAGUCUUCCCUAACCGGACAUAUGACUAUUCAUGAAAAUAGCUACAAACAUAAGUGUGAUGUAUGCGGCAAAGGAUUCGGAUGCAGUUCACUCUUGAAAGACCACCAAAACAUUCAUACAGGAGAGCGACCAUACAAAUGCACUGUAUGUGGAAAAGAUUUUCAAGCUAAACGAGUUCUUGUUAAACACAAACGCCUUCAUACGGACGAGAAGUAGAAAUGCAUCAGGAAUCAGAACAAAUUGGCUCAAAUGACCACGACCACAUUGUAAUCGGCAUUAGAAACGCAUCGUGUGAGGAACCUUAUGUAAAGAAGUACGGUUAAGAGUAAAGUUGAUUAACCGACUGAGUGUUUCCAACGACUGACAA